AUGGCGAGUUGCUCCUUCGCUCGCGACCCAGCGACAAGGAGACUGAGAACUGCAGCAGCGGCCACAGCGGCGGCCGGAGCUGCGGCAGCGACCACCCCACUUCUUUCCUCGGGAACCCCGACCGCACUCAUUGGGACCGGGUCGUCUUGUCCGGGAGCCAUGUGGCUCUCCACGGCCACGGGCUCCCGGUCAGACUCCGAGUCCGAUGAGGAGGACCUCCCCGUCGGGGACGAAGUCUGCAAACGCGGCUACCUGAGGAAACAGAAGCACGGGCACCGGCGCUACUUCGUGCUCAAACUCGAGACCGCCGACGCCCCGGCUCGCCUGGAAUACUACGAAAAUGCCAGGAAGUUCCGGCACAGUGUCCGCGCCGCGGCGGCUGCAGCGGCGGCGGCUGCUUCGGGCGCCUCGGUCCCCGCGCUCAUCCCGCCGCGGCGCGUGAUCACCCUGUACCAGUGCUUCUCGGUGAGCCAGCGAGCCGACGCCAGGUACCGACACCUCAUCGCCCUGUUCACCCAGGACGAGUACUUCGCGAUGGUGGCCGAGAACGAGUCGGAGCAAGAGAGCUGGUACUUGCUGCUCAGCCGCCUCAUCCUCGAGAGCAAACGCCGCCGCUGCGGCACGCCCAGCGCGCAGCCUGAGGGAGAGCCGGCCGCGCGGGCGGUGGCAGCGGCGGCGGAGCCACCCUUCUACAAAGAUGUGUGGCAGGUAAUAGUCAAACCCAGGGGGCUGGGGCACCGAAAAGAGCUGAGCGGCGUGUUCCGGCUGUGUCUUACCGACGAGGAGGUCGUAUUUGUGAGGCUCAACACCGAAGUGGCCAGCGUGGUCGUCCAGCUCCUGAGCAUCCGUCGCUGCGGGCACUCGGAGCAGUAUUUCUUUUUGGAAGUCGGCAGGUCCACCGUCAUCGGCCCAGGGGAGCUCUGGAUGCAGGUUGAUGACUGUGUGGUAGCCCAAAACAUGCACGAACUGUUUUUGGAGAAGAUGCGAGCCCUGUGUGCAGAUGAAUACAGAGCCCGCUGCCGCAGCUACAGCAUCAGCAUCGGCGCCCACCUGUUAACCCUGCUGUCCACUAGGAGGCACCUGGAGAUGCUGCCGCUGGAGCCCGGCGGCUGGCUCCGAAGGUCCCGCUUUGAGCAGUUUUGCCACCUCAGGGCCAUCGGGGACGGGGAAGACGAGAUGCUGCUCACCCGGCGCUACAUCACCCCCAGCGAGCCUGUGCCCCAUUCCAGGCGGGAAAGACUGCACCUGCCCCGAGCGCGCAGGUCCCGGAGAGCGCUCUCAGUGCCAGCCAGCUUUUGUCGCCGCUUAGCACCGAGCCCGGUGCGUGCCUCGCACCCGGCAGAAGCUCCCGUCUGCAGAGCUUGCCCGUCCGCUGAAGUAGCAGGGGCCGGCUCUGGCAACUCUGGGGAAGAGGGCAAUCCUCAAGGCAAUGAGAGAGAGGAAGGAAACGGAGGCGACUACAUGCCCAUGAACAGUUGGGGCUCCGGAAAUGGCCGGGGCUCCGGAGGUGGCCAGGGCGCCAGUGGCCACGGCUCCAGUAGCCAGAACUCGGGAGGAAACCAGUGUUCCGGUGGGGGACAGAGCACUGGAGGUGGCCAGAGUUCCAGUGGCCAGGGUUCCAGUGGCCAGGGCUCCGGGGGCCAGGGCACAGGAGGAAACCAGUGCUCAGGACAUGGUCAGGGCACCGCAGGUGGUCAUGGAUCCGGUGGUGGCCAGGGAGCUGGAGGUGGGCCCGGUUCAGGCAGUGGCCAGGGACCCGGAGGUGGCCAUGGCUCAGGUGGUGGCAAGAACUCUGGAGGGGGCAAAGGCUCAGGAAGUGGGAAAGGGUCCGAUGGCGAUGGUGAACGUGGAAAAUCUCUAAAGAAACGAUCCUACUUUGGCAAAUUAACCCAAAGCAAGCAACACCAAAUGCCGCCACCUCCGCCACCCCCACCGCCACCCCCGCCUGCUGGAGCAAUUGGUGGGAAAGGGAAAUCUGGGGGCAGGUUCCGACUUUACUUUUGUGCUGACAGAGGGGCUGCGAAAGAACGCAAAGAAGCCAAAGAAGUCAAAGAGGAAGAGAGCCCAGAAGGCGCUGCUCGGGGUCCCCACAGAGCCAGGGCUUUUGACGAGGAUGAGGAUGAUCCCUAUGUACCAAUGAGGCCAGGGGUGGCCGCUCCUCUUGCAAGCUCCAGUGAUUAUAUGCCAAUGGCUCCUCAAAACUUUGCUGCUUCAAAACGCCACUCUCGAUCCCCCUUUGAAGAUUCCAGGGGGUAUAUGAUGAUGUUUCCCAGAGUGAGCCCACCACCUGCCCCAAGUCCUCCCAAAGCACCUGAACCUGAUAAAGAGGAUGACUCAAAGGACAAUGACAGUGACAGUGACUAUAUGUUUAUGGCUCCUGGAGCUGGUGCAAUUCCAAAAAACCCCAGAAACCCUCAGGGCGGCUCUUCCUCCAAAAGUUGGAGCUCCUAUUUUUCUCUGCCAAAUCCUUUCCGGAGCUCCCCCUUAGGACAAAGUGACCACAGUGAGUAUGUACCAAUGUUAACUGGAAAAUUCCUGGGGAAGAAUCUGGACAAAGAUGCCUCAUCCGCUGGGGGCUCCAAGGACGCACCAUCAAAGCCUUCAGUUGAAGGGUCAUUCUCAAAACCUGGAGUUGGGGGGUCAUUCUCAAAGCCUUUAGACGAUGGCCCCCCCAAGAACAAGGCUAAGAGACCUAAUAGACUUUCUUUUAUCACAAAAGGAAAUAAAAUCAAGCCCAAACCACAAAAGCCCACACACGAGCAGAGAGAAGCUGACAGUUCGAGUGACUACGUCAACAUUGACUUCACUAAAAGAGAGAGCAAUACGCCAGCUCCCUCUGCUCAAGGACUGCCAGAUUCGUGGGGCAUAAUUGUUGACCCCAGACAGUCAGCCUUUUCUCGUUACGUGAAUGUUGAGUUUGGAGUGCCAUUUCCAAAUUCAGCACACAGCCUAUCAGAUCUUUUAAGAGCUAUUCCAGGUGCCAACCCCUUCUCUCUGAACGGUGCUAGGUGGCCACUUCCUCCGCUUCCUCCCAGUGCUACAGGUGACAGUGCUAAUGAGGAAGAGGGUGACUACAUCGAAGUGAUUUUCAACCCAGCGAUGACACCACCUGUGCCUUUUGCUGACAGUGCCAUUCGCUACGAUGCUGAAACGGGUCGCAUCUACGUGGUCGACCCAUUUUCUGAGUGCCGUAUGGACAUUGCUCUCUCCCCCAGCCGCUGCUCGGAACCACCACCUGUAGCUCGGCUGCUGCAGGAAGAAGAGCAAGAGAGAAGACGCCCACAAAGCCGGUCACAGAGUUCCUUUGCGUCCGCCAGAGCCGCAGUCUCGGCUUUCCCCACCGACAGCCUGGAAGGAGACCUCUCCGCCCCAGCCGGCGCUUCGGCCGCUGCGCCAGCCUUAGCGGUGGGCCGGGCGUUGGCCGCCGCCUCCGCCCUCGCUGCGGCCCCCGGCAUGGGAGCCGCGGCCGCCGCGGGAUUUGACCCCGCCUCCGUGCGCUGGUUCCAACCUGUAGCUCCUUCGGCGGAAGCCCAAGCCAUCAGGGGGGCCCAAGAAGUUGCUGGGGUUCGUAACCCCUCAGCCCCAAACCCAUCUGGAGACCUUGCUGGGGAUGGGGACGGGGCCCGCGGGGCUGCCGCUGCCGCUGCCGCUCCCCCCGCACCACCUACCCGCCGCCGGCUGCCGAGACCCCCCGAGCGUGAAGAUUCUGAUGAGGACGACGACACCUACGUGAGAAUGGACUUUUCCAGAUCUGACAAGAAGUUCGACGCUCCCGAAAGAGGUUAG